ACUUCCCAUCAAAGAAAUCCUAUUGGGAAGAAACCCUUUCAGUGCUUGGAAUGUGGAAAGAGCUUCAAUCACAGCUCACACCUCAAAGCCCAUCAAAGAAUUCAUUCCGGGGAGAAACCAUAUCAGUGUUUGGAAUGUGGAAAGUUCUUUACUACAAGCAGAUACUUCCGUCGACAUUGGAGUAUUCAUAGCGUAGAGAAACCAUAUCAGUGCGUGGAAUGUGGAAAGAGCUUCUCCAGGAAGGAGAAUCUCACUUCCCAUCAGAGAGUUCAUACAGGGGAGAAACCAUACCAGUGCUUGGAGUGUGGGAAUAGCUUCAGUCGGAAGAUUAGUCUUACUUGCCAUCUAAGAAUUCAUACAGGGGAGAAACCAUAUCAAUGUUUGGAGUGCGGAAAGAGCUUCUCCAGGAAGGACCAUCUCACUUCCCAUCAAAGAUAUCAUACAGGGGAGAAACCAUACCAGUGCUUGGAAUGUGAGAAGUUCUUUAUUACAGGAAAAGAUUUACAUCGACACAAGAGAAUUCACAGUGGGGAGAAACCAUAUCAGUGCUUGGAGUGUGGGAAUAGCUUCAGUGACAUCUCACAUCUCAAAGCCCAUCAAAGAAUUCACGGGGAGAAGCCCUAUCACUGCUUUGAGUGUGGAAAGAGCUUCAGUGGGAAGACUAGUCUUACUUCCCAUCAAAGAAUUCAUACGGGGGAGAAGCCCUAUCACUGCUUUGAGUGUGGAAAGAGCUUCUCCAGGAAGGACAAUCUCACUUCCCAUCAGAGAAUUCAUACAAAGGAGAAGCCAUACCAGUGCGUGGAAUGUGGGAAGAGCUUCUCCAGGAAGGAUAGUUUCACUUCCCAUCAAAGAAUU